CACACACACACACACACACACACACACUCACUCACUCACUCACUCACUCACUCACACAGACACACACACACGACAAAAAGAGGAUCGCGACCAUUCGCGGGUUGGUGUCUUCAUGGAUCGGCGUAAUGGCGGCACUAGUUUGGCGCCCCCAAGGCCCCCGAAAUCGUUGCCCCGCGUCCAUCGCCCUCGGGCGCCAGAUCCAAACUCUUCCAACGCUAGCAGUAGUAGAAGUAAUAGUAGCACUAGUAACACUAGUAAUAGUACCAGCAGCAGUAGUACUAGCAGUAGGAGUAAUAGUAAUCUAAAUAAUAAUAAUAGUAGUAGUCAUAGUAGCAGCAGUAGAAGUGGUAGUAGUCAUCCUCCCCCUCAACCAAUUCCUCCCCCUCAUCAUCAUCAUCAUCAUCAUAAUCAUCCGCAUCAGCAGAGCAAUCGAAGCAUCGGCAGCAACUCUUCCACGUUGUCCUCCGUAUCGUCGAGCUCGUCGACGGCGGCACUCCUAAGGCCACAGAUUGCACCCCUGGUACCACUGCACACACGAUCAACGACACCUCCCCCACCGCCUCUGCCGCCGCACCAGCGACCAACGUCGCCGGCCGGGAGCAUCGGCCACGGAAGCACCUUUGCCCGCCGUCGCCUCAGUCCAGCCACCAGUCCACCGUUGCAUCCGCAUCCGCACCUAACAAGUAUUCCUCCGCUAGGGGCAUCCGAAUCGAUGGCCACCGGUGCCACAACCACCACCGGCACGCCACAGGUACUACUACUCCCUGUCGAUCAACCGAUCGUAGGCGGAGUCGCCUCUAACACUUCCUCCAACCCAACGACCCCGGUGACGCUGGCCGCGCCCAGGCCAGAGAACGAACGACUUGCAAACGAGUACGUCGAUACGCCGUUUGGCCGGGGCAAUGGGGUAGCAGCUGGUGGUGCCAACAUUCCAUCGACGGGAGCCCUGACCGGGCUGGCGCCGGGUGCGCAACAGCUUCGAAACCUGUCACUGCUCUCUGGCGAAGGUGCCGUAGUGACUGUCAUUACGGGACAGCCGCGGCCAACGCACGAUCGGUCACGAUCGCCCAUCACUGGCGUCGGUGGCAACAGUGACUCAAUUAUCCGUGCGAUCAAGAGUACCGAGGGCCGACAAGACGUCACGUCAACGAUCACCGGUAGCGGCCAGUCGUUGACGAAUGCUGGCGGAAUUGCGCGCAAUCCAAGUAUCAUUACCAAACAGCCGACGAAGAAGAAGGAUGGCUCCGACCGGCACGAGCUGCUGGAGCUGGAGCUGCAGCACCACCACCACCAUCAUCAUCGGCACCAUGGCCGAUCGGCGGUGGCGACGGUGGGUGGUGGCGCGCCCGGUACCCUCGGCACGGUCGGGGCAGCCGGUUCCGACGGUCUGAUAGGCAUUGGGUCGAUUACAUGUCCACGCUGUCGGCGCUGCCGCUGUGAGGAGUGUCAAAAGCCGCGACCACUGCCGUCGCACUGGCUCUGCGACAAAAGCUGCCUGUGCAGUGCGGAAACAAUCAUCGACUACGCGUCCUGUCUGUGCUGCGUAAAGGCACUCUACUACCACUGCUCGAAGGAGCACGAGUUCGAGCGGGAGGUGGUGGGCCCGGACGGUACGAUUGAGACGGAGACCGUGUCGUGUGCAGACGAUCCAUGUUCCUGUGUGCCGCACAAGCGUACGACCCGCUGGGGCUGUCUGGGGGCACUCUCGGUGGCAUUGCCCUGUCUCUGGUGCUACUGGCCGAUGCGCGGCUGCGUGGCCAUCUGUGCCCGCUGCUACGCCAAACAUUCCCGCCACGGUUGCCGCUGCACGCAGCAUCCCGCCGCUCCUUCGGCCAGCUUCCCACCGGGAAGCGCACUGAGCGGAGCCGGCGGCAUCCUCAACGGUUCCAUGUUUGCUAGCGGUGGUGGCAAUGGAGGCGGAGUGAGUGUGGGCAGUUUAGAGGAGCACGAAUCAAGGGUGAAGGGCGAUCCGGCCGAUGGUGACUCGCCACUGCAACAUUUGCACCACCAUUUGCGCCACCAUCUGCACCACCAGCAUCGCUCGGGUACAUCCACCGACCUAACCACGCCCGAGAAGCGGCUACUCGAUUCCAGCAACGAUACCUACUGACGGUGGUGGGACUGUUGGUCGCGCGGCGAUCAUACCAAGCACUCUGGCAGUGACGAAAUUGACGGUGAGGAUGAGUACAGCAGUAACUGUGGGUGCGCUCGGGAUGCGAUAGCCGAUGAUCGCGAUGACGACACCGACGACGAUUCGUCGAUGAUCAUGAUGAUGUUGCACCUGUAGAAUGAGCAUACAUUCAAACCCUGUUCAUUCAUCCAUUUAUCCUUACCCCACCACACACCGUCCUCUUUCUGAUUCCCGUUAGUGCUAUGUAGCUAUGUACCACUUCUACCGUUGCACCCUGUUAUGCAGGAAUGUGCUUCCGUUCCAGGAGGCUACUCUGAAGAUCGUAUGUCAAAUUCAACGUUCGUGUUUGUGUGUUAUUGUAGCCAACAACAAUCCCUUCCAUCCUAAAACCCCAUCCCUUCUCACGUUCUUAAUUCAUUCAUUUUUUGUUUAAACAAAGAUGCAAAAGGAUCAAACUGGAUCGUACGCGUGGUAUUGUAAAUUGGUUUCAAACAACAACAACAACAACAACAGCAUAUGCGUUAGUUAGUUUCCAUUCAUCCAUUCAUCAUGCUCGACACCUGGCCUGGAACGAAGGAGCAGGAAGUUGGAGAUCAUCUCAUCCCUUGCGUUGAGAUGGUAGGAAUCUCGUACAUCUCUCUUGGGAUGGCACGUCUGGCAGUCUGUUCCAGCUUGGCUCAAAUGUGUCCCGGGCACAUGUCGUCAAGGCCCUGCGCUUUACAAAUGGUGUUGAGCCUUUAAUUUGCCUUUCGAGGAAGCGAAAGUAAUGAAGCAUUCAAUCUUCUCCUGCUCCUUUUCCUGCUCCUUUAUGAUGAAUGCAUGCCUUAGCAUUGAAGAGGGAAAAAAAUCCGCACCAAAAGCCAAAUGUUUCAUCAAUGGCUAGCAUAUUGAUUCCAAUCACCAAGGGCAAAGGAACUGCCGAAGAGGGCAGCCAGCUCACCAUUAUUGUGCCAUGCUCUGGCAACUUGUGGCAAUGCGUUUGAGGAUUCGACCUGAUCAUCGGACCGGUGUAUCCGACCGAGGCGAAGAGCGCAAAGCAAACUCGACCAAAUUCCGAUCCGAUGCGCCCCCGGCGGGAUGUGCGUGUACCAUCUGUUAAACAAAGCGGGAACGAUGCGGGCAUCAAAGCACGCUAACGAUUUCUCUCAUCUGCCCAGUACCGGGAAAAUUCUUUGCAGCAUCUCAUAUUCCUACCAUCCCGGACACACGUAUGCGUGCGCGUGUGUGUGUGUGUGCGUAUGAAUUGGUAGAAUAUGUUGUUGCAUUUUUUUUUUGCUCUGUGCCAGACAGAGAAAACCACCAUACCGCACUUUGUGUGCGUGUGCGUGUUGUGUAUGUUUUUGUUCUUUUUCUCCCUUUAAGGAUCUCCGUUUCGAAAUCGAGACACAUAUUUCCUAGAAACUAAUAUUGUCCCUGUGUUUCGUUACUAUACCCAUCCGGCUAAAGGGAAGCGGAUCUCUCAGCGCAACCCAGGCAACCGACAACCAACACCAAGCACCAACAACAGCGGGCCCUGUACAGCGUCAGCAAAGAAUGCCAUCAAACAAGUAUCCUUGCCGUGCCCUGUGCAUUGUUACAGUGCAUGUACACACGUUCCGUUCCCGCCAAAAUGCAUCGUUUUAUAUCAUUAUGAUCUUUUUUUUGUUAUUGCUAGCCAACCACGCAGCUUUGCCAUGUGUGUGCGCGCGCGCGCGCGCGAUCGUUUCCGCAUGUUUUCCAUCGCGUUCAGCUUGUUUUUGUUUGUUCUUUGCGAAAUGGAUCACAUGCUACGCCGUUGUUCUGCUUUCGUGAGGAUCAUCAUCAUGAUCGUCUAGAACGUACGUAAACGUAAGCAAACGAACGGGUGACGGUUGUGCGCCAAACCGCCAACAGGUCCAUCGCUUAAACCUUCCCCCCUGCCACGUGCGUCAUCGGUAGGAUUGCGACGCGGGACCCGGGAAUAGAGCAAAUCCUCCGGUGUUUUGAGUUUUUGUUUUCUUCGGGUUUCUUCGCGGCCUCAGCACGCCUAGAACGUUAUUACGUCCAUUUUUUAAUAGGAAUUUGACCGAUUUCUCUCUGCCACAAAUCCGGCACCACCAGUGCUUCCUCCCGUUCCCAGUGCCAAUGCAAUGUGUGGGACGGGUUUCGGCAGUACGUGCGCAAAUGGUGUGUUGUGAAAUGUUGUGCGCCACAGUGUCCGUUUCUAUCUCUGCGCUUCAAGCAAACGUGUGUGUGAGUUUGAGUCGGAAAACCCACCCGGUCCGGGCGGCAAAGGGCAGAUGAAAAUUUAAAAAUAAAAUUCAUUCAUAAAGUUUCCUGCUUCUACUCCCUUUUCCUUAGGGUCUGGGGGGACACUCUAUCACAGAUCACCAGUCAGCACACUAACACUGCUAGCGCGCAUUUUUUUUUACUCAGUGUGUAAAUAUACAAAUUUGAUCCUUUGGGUUGUUUUGACGACGGUGAAUAGAAAUGUGUCCACACCGACAACCGGAUGCCCUCGAUUUGUUAGAUGCCGAUGUAUCGUUGCCAGUUGCAUGCAUCGGAUAGCUUUUGUUGGAUAAUCGCCAAAACAAACGAAUUCAUUUGACGGGACACAUCUACUUCAAGCGCUUAGUGCAUGUAACUGCUGUUGGGCCUUUUGGGUGAACUUUAACUUAUUUCAAUAGCGUUUAAUAACCACGUACAAUUCUCCAUCCAUCAUUCCACGGUUGCACGCACGAUCCAGCCGUAGUAUCCUGUUGCUAUACCAUUUUAUCACCCUCUAUUACCAACGUAAUCCCCCAAAUUCAUCCUUCUACUACUUCACACGCAUAGCACACAAACUCGAACGCGAUCCGGCUGGAGCAGGGAAGCGAACAAAAAGAAAAGAACGAAAAGAAGACAAGCAAAGGUGAAGGUGAAAAAACAAAACCGAUAAAACAAAGCGAGCGAACUCAAGAUUUCGAGUAGGAUUUAAUUUCCAGUAUUAUCUAGUCGUGCAUUAUAGUGUUGUAAAAAAAGAGAAGGAAAAAAGUGAAAACGAAUUAAACAAGAGCGCAAGAAUAAAGCGAGGAGAUGCGAAGAUGAAUAGUAACGCUAUAAACCUAACUACUAAACACAAGCCAAACACAGGCGUGUUGGUCGAUGAGCGCCGAUUAUUGGCCCCCCAAUUGGGAAAAAGAUGCGGGACUGAAGUAUAUGCAAAGAAAAAAAUAGAUUUGAAAAAUGCAUCAACAACCGGUCAAGAUAAAAUUACGGGAAAUUACAUACAGCAGUGCAAGAAAAUCGGCCCAGACAAGUGCUGACAGUAAUCAUGUCGAAUGUCAGAUGUAAGUAAUGAAUUAUGAUGGUAGGGAAGCGAAAUGUGUGUGCGCUUGUCGUGCACAUUUUGCCGUGUUGAUAUGUUUUUCGUUUUUAAUUAUUAUUAUUAUCAUCAUUAUUAUUUUAUUAUUAUUAUUAUUAAUAUUAUUAAUAUUAUUAUUAUUAUUAUUAUUAUUAUAUUAUUACGGUUAUUAUUAUUAUUAUUUUAAUCUCGGAACAGAAGCCAAUCUUCGAUCAUUAAAUGUCAAUAAAUCGUUGAUCCUUAUAUAUAUAUAUACACACACACAUAUAUGUAUGUCACGCGUACUGGAAACGCUGCGGGUUGCGGCUGUUGUUGGAUAGUUGUUGUUUUAUUUGCUUAUUUGUAACUUCCAAGUGGUAUUCUAUACAGCAAAACCAUACAAAUUGUAACACAAACGUAAUGGCUUUUGGGAGGAACGCGUGUAUAUGUGCGCUUCACUCUUUUCCCUUCUCGCGCGCGCGCACGCGAGUGUAAAGUGUGUUGCACGAACAGGAGAGAUAGUACGUGUCUUAUACUAUAUGUUUAUAUACGAUUAAGCAGAGGAAGCAUAUUAAAGUUAUUAUUUCAUAUGCAUAUGUUAAGCAUUUCUGCCUGUCGACCUAUUUGCAUGUAGUGAGGAGACCAUGAAACAAGGAUGUAUAUGUAUUUGUAUGUAUUGGCUAAGCUGGAAGGAUCGGGUGUGCCCCAAAAAACCGCACACAAACGCCCUAUGAAAGUAGAAGUGAUUGGAAGGAAGGGAGGAAAGGGGGGAGGAAGCGCGCGCGCGCGCGCGUGCAGCAGAAAGGAAAUCCCAUGACGCUUUAAAACAUUAAGAGAGGAAAGGAUCGAAGGAACCUUAGCAUAACUUGUAAAAAGCAUUAAACACACCCAUAUAAACACACAGACACAAUCCCGCCGCGUAACACGCGCGCAUCCGCGCAAUGCGCCUAAGGUCGGCUAGGGUGCAGCGCUUCGUUAAUGAACGCGAUUGUAAUAUAUAAUAAGAACAAUAGCGAGAGAAUGAGAAAAAGAGAAAGAGAGAAUGAGAAAGAGAAAAUAAAUUAUUUAGCUAACAAAUCGAAUCAUAACAAUCGAACAACACAAGAUGCACAAAUUCAUUCCGAGUGUGUACGUACAUCGGCCGCUCGGUGUUUGCUGUGGAAAGAAAAGAAAAUGCAAACGGUGCGCGGUUGCGGUUGUAUUGUCUGGGUUGGUUGGUCAUUCGUACACCCCACCAUUUCACCGUCGCUUCCUCCUACGUUCCCUUUAUUUCGCCUGAUAACAGCAUUGAUAUCGUUUAGACCAUCGUUGUGAUUAUGGUUUUGUAUUUUGAUUUCUACCUUCUACCUGUCGAAUCCCUUCUCAUCCCGCGGAUCCUACUUGUUUUCGACUGUCCUCCAUCCGCUUCCGCUAUUGUAUUGUUUUGUUUUGGCAGUAGAAGAAAUAAGAAGACGAAAUUGUGGGCCUUUAUUGAAACGCAUUGUGACGAAGCAAUUAGUAUGAGUGUCGUAACCGAACGUUAGAUAAGAUGAUGUUAAUAUCCAACACUUGCGAUAGCGAUGCACUAUGGGAGAGGAUGAGGCAGCACGGCAAUUCGCGACCACCUCAAGAUACCUGAUAGGGAAUGAUUGAACUGAAUAAAUGAAUGAAAGUUACAAAACACACACACACACACACACACACACACACACACACACACACACACACACACACACACACACACACACACCCUCAAUGUUGCUAAACAUUCAAUCGCACAAUUCAGACUGAUUUAAAUGAGGAGAUCGUAUGAUCGUGUACUGAGAGGAUCAACACCUUUUGGCAUGAUGGAUGCAAAAGAAGAUACGCCAAAUGCGUUGUUGAUGCAAGGAAAGGAUGUCGAAAACGUUGCAAAGGACUGAAACACUGCAUACACUACCAUGUAGGGAGGGAGGCGAAUACAAUUCGUACAGCAGUGCUACAAGCAAGGCAAAUACAUUGAAAUGAUGUGAUGCAAAUACAAAGCAAAUAAUGAAUCAGAACUGAAUUGUGCAAAACAAAACAAAGGUCCCUUUGGUUGAUAGUGUAAAAGUACACACUUUCAAAUUGAACAUAAAUGUAACAAAAAGCACACACAAGUACAUAGAUGGAAUCUAUCAUCAACAUGUAAAAUCACUAAGCAACAAAAUGAUCGAUGAAUCAAACUUGGUAACGAAGAAGACUUUUACAAUGAGAAACUAUAUUUAGCAUUGUUCUUAGCAAAAGGGGUGAACAAGGUGUAAACUGUAUAGGGGAAGAGAAUCGAAAUCGAAAAAUUAAAACAAAAUAUGUGUAUAAAACUAAGCCAACAAAACAGAACAGAUGGGUGGGUAGAUAGGAUAAGGGAAAGGAUGGCGUGAACAAGUGAAGCGUAUUGGUUGAAACCAUAUAUUCUAAAACCGACUAAUUGGACAGAAUAAAAACAAAAGAGAAUAGAAAACUAAACUAAAAAAACGCACACACACACUACAACUAAAAACCAAACCCAAUGUAAAAUCGUGUGCUGUAUUUGCAAUGUAUUUACCUUUUUAUGUUGUUACUGAGCAAAAGCGCGGAAAACCAAAACAAAACACUUACCACUUACCUGUGCAACUGUGUAAUUUUGCCUAAAAUGCAAUUGUAAUACUUACAUACCUGAGCUAUAGUGGAGGUGGUGUGUGUGUGUGUGUGUGUGUGUGUGUGUGUGUGUGUGUGUGUGUGUGUGUGUGUGUGUGUGUGUGUGUGUGUGUGUGUGUGUGUGUGUGUGUGUGUGUGUGUGUGUGUGUGUGUGUGUGUGUGUUGAAGUGGUAUAACAUAACCGAUUUUCAUGUUAUAGCGACUGAGGUGAGGUGAUUUCGAACGGUCGAUAGCUUAUUUUCGUUAGUCAUUUGUGGGUGUGCAAGAUGUGAGUAGCAGAGAGCAUAUAAAACCCUAUUUUGUGGCAAGCCUAAAUGUAAUAAUGUUUUCAUCCAUCAGACAACACCAAUGAACUAAGAUAUUUACUAUAUAUUGCUACUAUUUACGAUGCGUACGCACUGUUAUGAUGAUGAUACAAUUAGAGAGAAAGAGAGAUGGUGAGAUGAAUAUCAUACUAUCACAUACCGCAUACAGACUCUGUAUUAACUGUGUGUAAUAAGUGCUGUCUGAGUGAAAGGUGCGAACAAGCAGCAGAUCCGAUCCUACAAAGAACCAUGCAGCACACACCCGUGAGGAGCCGAACGGAUCCGGCCAAACGGAGAAACCGAAGUUAUACCGACUAAUGAAUGAUUGUCUAGCUAUCACAAGCUAUCUGGCCAAACGGGUUGUGUUGUACCGUACCGUGAUUGUUCUCAAUGUUCCAAUGAAAGCAGAUACAAUUUUAAAUAGUAUUUAAACAUAAAUGUCCGCCAUCUACGAGCCGGUAGCCGUUUAUUUUUCUGUAGCCAAAAUUGUCCAAUAGGAACGCAACAACCCAAUAGCAAACAAACCAUUAGAACCAUUGUACUGAAAACAACGGAAUAUACGUGUGUGUGUGUCAUGUGUAAUAGCCGUUUCCUCACAGCUUAAAAAAAGAAAACAAACAAACAGCAAACACAUUUUUGCAUUGAUAAAUAAUGCUCUUGAAGGAGAAACAGAAUAUGCGCACCACAAACCGACCCCCCCCCCCUCAAACCCCCCCCCCCCCCGUCCCACCACUGUGGCAACCCGGGUGGAACGGGUAAACUAAUCACCACUUGCACACCAAUUAACGUUUAAGUAUCGCUUCGCCAUACACUGAACGCGAACGUAAGCCGCUUUAUUUCACUGUAAACUACGCGAUCGCGUAUGAGGAUCAGUUUUGCUACUCGGUAAUAACAACCAUUUAAAGCUUUUUUGUACAUGUCUGUAUAUAUGUAUUGUAUUAUUUCUAUGGUUUAUGAAAUAGAAACACAACACUGUAAUUAUUAUCUAUAUACUGUUUAUAAUAAUAACAUAAAGACCAA